AUGAAAGGUUCAGUUGGACUUUUGGCUCUUCUUAUCUUUGGCUCUCUGUUGAGUAUAUGUCACGGAGAAAGCCAGGCGGGUACGCUGAGAGAUAACGUUGUACCAAAUGAGAUUCACCGUAUUGUUGUUAUUGGAGACGUCCAUGGGGAUGCUCACCAUUUUCGACAGAUUUUGACCAUGGCGGGUCUCGUAAGCCAACCCACAAAAGAAAGCAAACACGUGGCAUGGAAGCCGAAAUGGGAUGAUAGAGAGAUUGAAUUACACUCGUUACAUCACACAAGGCUACGAACAACUCUAAUACAGCUGGGCGAUUUGGUGGAUCGUGGGGAGGAAGACUUGGAGGUGCUCGAGAUAGCGUCUUCACUCUCGGAUCAGGUCGAUGCUAAUCAUACCAAUGACAAUAUGGUUCUCCUCUUGGGCAAUCACGAGUUGCUCAACCUUCAGGGACAGUUUUACUAUGUUCACCCAGAGUCAAUGGGAGGAUUUUUGACGAAGACCCUGCGUAAGCGAGCAUUUGAGCUGAAUGGUAUUUUUGGACGUUUUCUUCUUGACAGGUUUGAAGUUCUUCAUCUUGAUGCAGACACUGUCUUUGUUCAUGCAGGGCUUAAUGAGAUGUUUGCUUUAAUGGGAGUUGAAGCAUUAAACAAAGAGGCAAAACAGGCUAUCCGGGAGGGAAAUCAUCGACAUCCUAUUCUUGGAAGUUCUGGUCCGUUAUGGACACGGCAAAUGAUAAUGGAGGCUUCAAAUGGACACUGUGAAAACAUUAAAAAGAUGCUUUUAGCUAUUGGAGCUGAGCGAAUUGUAGUGGGUCACACACCCCAGCGUUCUGGGCAUGUGGAGACUUUUUGUGAUGAUAGUGUUAUUGCAGCUGAUGUUGGCCUAAGCAGGUGGAUGUAUGGCAAUCUUGCUGCUCUCGAAAUCAUGGUAACAUCUUAUAAAACCGGUACUAACGUCUGGAAGGAUGUCGUUUUGCGUGAGAUAGUUACUUCUGAUAUCAGAAGAAACCAAACUCUCGAUGAGAGUCUUAAUGAUUCAUUAGUUCUUGAGGAGCUACAACAUGCCGUAGAAGAGUUUCGUAGUUCACAGGUAAACGACGCAAGUGGGGAUAUUUUAGGUGAUUUGUGA